AGGAGAAGGAUGAGUGGGACAUAGGAGGAUCUCCAAAAGAUGGAUGACGCAGCGGAGGGCUACUAUAAGGAGAAGCUGCGGAUGUCCCGUAGAGAGUUCCUGGAGAUCGUCGAGGCGUUGUCCUCUGCAGCACAGGGUGACAUUUUACAGGGAGCCUUUGAUGCCCGAUCACAUCGUCGCAUACGCACUUUAUCGUUGGGCAAGCGGGGAGGCGUACGAGAGCAACACGUCGUCAUUCGGUAUAGGUCACAUGUCAGGAUUGAUUGCAGUGGAGGACGUGACGAGGGCGCUUCUCAGUGUGUACCGAGAGACGAUCAUUUGGCCUUCUGGGUUGCGGCGGCUGGUCGUUCUGCGCGCGUUCGAGGCGAAGGGUUCCCCAACUACUAUGGCUGCAUAGACUACACGGACAUCUACGUGGACAAACCAGCCAACGCGCCGUCCGAGAACUAUUUCGAUGGGAAGCAUCAUUUUUCGGUGGUUGCGCAGGUGGUUGUGGACUUGGACUUGCGUGUGACUGACGUUUUCGUCGGCUAUCCCAGGAGCUGUCACGACAUCCGAGUGCUUCAAUUGUCUAGUCUGUGGACGCGCGCUGAAGAGGGGAAUCUUUUUCGUGGUCCUGCUGUGCUCCUGCCAUUCGGUAAUUUCGAGGUGCAAACACACGGGUACAUCCUUGGCGAUAAUGGCUAUCCUCCCAUGGAGUGGAUCAUGGUGCCUUUUGGACAGACCGAUCAAAUCUUCGACGAAGAGAGGUUGAACAACAAGCAGAAGGUCGCCAAAGGAGCGGUGGAGAGAGCUUUUGGUAGGUUGAAGGGGAUGUGGAGGCUUUUCCUCCGCACACACAAAACAAAUAUGGACACUCUACCGCAAACGUUCCAAGUCGUGUGCAUUCUGCACAACAUCUUCCUGGAUACUGGCAUCGACUUCGAUGACAACUUGUUGUGGGAGGUGGACGCGAAUGGUGUGCGCCGGCGAGUGGACUUGGGGAUGGAUCAUCCACCCCACCCCAUUGCGGAGAACUUCAGUCGGCCCCAGGCGCUGGCCUUGCGCGAAGCACUUGCAGAGCGCAUGAAACACGAGUAAACGCACUCGUGCACUCUCAACUGCACUACCUAGGCUGUUGCUCUGUUGCGGAGGACAAGCGUACUCAUGUUCGGCGUUGGUCGCCACGACCGGGU